AUGUCGUGCUCAUCUAAAACGGACAUGGUAAUUUGGGAUUUGAAAGGUCAACAGUUAGACAGACUCGAUACAUAUUUAAUGAGCACGCAUUCGGCAAAAAUAUCAUCGUGCGGUCGCUUCGUCGUCGCUACGGGAUUCUCGCCAGACGUCAAAGUGAUGGAGGUGUGCUUCACAAAGACUGGCGAGUUCAAACACGUCACAAAGGCGUUCGAGUUAUCCGGCCACACGUCCGGAAUAUAUGACGUGGCCUUCGACGUCGACACCUCGCACAUCGCCACAAUAUCCAAGGACGGCACGUGGAAACUAUAUCACACAAAGAGUGAGUACGGAAUCGUUAAUGCGUAUUUGCUGUAUUAUUACUGUAAUCUUUUAACAAACGAACUGCGCCAUUAG